GCCGUCAUCAUGGAUCCACUAAGAGAGAUAAGAACGAGUACCAAGUGGGUGACAGAUCAGGCAACACAUGUUAAGAUCAAUGAUGAUUGUAUGCUAAAGGAGUGCAAUGACUUUGUGGAGAAGCAUCGUCAGAAGCCACAUAAAGAGGUGUGGGCCGACAAUGAGUUCCACUUCUGCAAUGUCGAUAGGAAGCAGACGGCGACAGACCACUCUACAUACCUCUCAGAGGAUACAGCCAAGUACAUCAUAGUGCUCGACUGUCUGAACCAUUGCUUCUGGCCUGACGCAUCACUCGAGUAUCAUCACUUGGCCAGAGGACUAAAGGAGACGAUUGAGGCUGACGCGCUCGCAUUUGAUGCUGAUCGUCUGGCUCAAGUCACACCGGCCACCUUGCACAAGUGGUUUGGUCGCGAUAUGCCCAAUGCAGAGGAGCGUUGCAGGCUGUUACACGAGGUUGGCAACGCACUGACACAGCACUUUGGUGGCAGCAUCAAGAAUAUGAUCCUUUCAGCCAAUCACAGUGCAUCAGCACUUGUAGAUAUUGUUACUAGGUACUUCUGGGGAUUCAGAGACAGCGCAGUGUAUCAUGGAAGACAGGUAUUCUUCUAUAAGCGUGCUCAGAUCUUUGUUGGCGACCUUUGGGGCGCGUAUGAAGGCAAGGGUCUAGGCCGCUUCGAUGACAUUGAUCAAUUGACAAUGUUUGCAGACUAUAGAGUACCACAGAUACUUAGAUGGAUGGGCAUACUCGAGUAUGGCGAUGCCCUUGCCAAGAUUGUGGACGGCAAGCAGGAGCUGCCUGUUGGCUCAGAGAUGGAGAUGGAGAUCAGAGCAGUGACCGUACAGGCCGUCGAGAGAAUGCGCGAUAUAUUCAACAAGAACCAAUGUCAUCUACUGGCAUUGGAGGUGGACUGGAUGCUCUGGGGUAGGGGAGAGGCCAUGUUGGACCAGUUGGCACCACACCAUCGUACACUUACCAUCUUCUACUAG